CAUCACCCCGCGGUGGCGCGGGCCUGCGAACUGAGCGCUCUCUAUGCUCCGGGAGGACAGAGCGGCGCCGUCGUUGCUAUGGCUUUUCAGUCUCGCCGCUGGAGGGAAGCCUCCCAGCUAGGCGCCCGCUAGCUCUGGCGCCAACGCGGACCGGGAAGCGGAAAGAAUCCCGCGUGGUGGGUCCGGGGACCCCCAGGGCCGAGCGCGAGGAGACCGGAACCCCGGAGGACAGCGCGAGCAGCGGAAGCGUUUACUUCACGAUUUGCUGAGUGUAGCUCAUCUACCCCAACCCACUCCCACGGCUCUCAGCCAGCAGUGUGGAAACAUGGCGGUGAGCCACUCGGUGAAGGAGCGGACCAUCUCUGAGAACAGCCUGAUCAUCCUGCUGCAGGGCCUCCAGGGCCAGGUCACCACUGUGGACCUGCGGGAUGAGAGCGUGGCCCACGGACGCAUAGACAACGUCGAUGCCUUCAUGAACAUCCGCCUGGCCAAGGUCACCUACACAGACCGUUGGGGGCAUCAGGCCGAGCUGGAUGACCUCUUUGUAACCGGCCGGAACGUCCGGUACGUCCACAUCCCAGAUGACGUGAACAUCACUAAGACCAUUGAGCAGCAGCUGCAGGUCAUCCAUCGGGUUCGCAACUUUGGCAGCAAAGGUCAAGGCCGGCGGGAAUUUCCCACCAAAAAGUAUAAAUGAGUUUGGCCCUUCAGCAAGCCCCAGUCCCCACUCAGGUUCCUUCUGAGUUCUACUGAGCCAACGACUGCCUGCUAUCCCUCCCUUCCCGGGUUCUGGGAAGGGAGCAGGGCCAGCCCAGAAACUGGUGUCUGACAGACAACACCUGUCACAGUUGCCUUUCACAGGGUUCCACCUCCCAGAUUCAUCCUGGGACCCAGAAUCCUAUUUACCUGUGGCCUUGGGGUAGAUGACAAUCUCCCUUUUGAUCAGUUGCACCUGAAUCUGUGAUUUAGUGAUUUAGGGAAUCUGUCAAAUAGUUUUCCACCCUCACACAGUGAGGAUUAGUAAAUGUGCUGGGCCUUAGCCACCCCUGAAUAUCCCUAUUUCUCUUGCAGUUGUGUUUGUUUUCUCAUAAAACUAAACUUGGACACAAACAA